UAGAGGAGGCAGAAGAGAAAAGAGAGAAGCAAAUUAAAUUCAGGAGACAAAGACAUAAAUCAGUUUCAGGGCUCCAAUAGGGCGAUGACCUCACCUGCUGGACUCGACUGAGCAAAGAAAUUAAAUACUGAACCGGUGGAAAGUGACCUCUGGAAGGCAGAUAACAACGUCUCGACGGACAUACAGUACAUUCACUUGCACAGCUGUCAAAGUCUGUUUACGUCCCAAUGGCAACUGCAGAACCUGCACCUGCCUGGUGGAAACUGACCUUCCUGCGUAAGAAGAAAUCAGAGCCGAAGGUGUUGUAUGAAAUCCCCGGAGAGCACAGCAGCAACACCGGUGAGACACCCGACACAGCUGCGGACAGCCAGUUUAAUGCCCGCUUGGAACGUAUUGUGGACAAAACAGCAACAAAGGGACGCCAUGUAAAGGUCUCCCAUUCAGGCCGCUUUAAAGAAAAGAAAAGAAUCCGUUCGACACUAGCGGAAAACCCCGACCUAUUCCCUGAGAAAGAACCUACAACUAAUGAGAAUAAUAAAACUGGAAAAUAGAGUCACUGUGUAAACAUACUAGCAUGUGUGCAAUGCAGUUGAGAGGGCCUCAGUCUAUGCAGUACUCUUCCAUUGACGUACUCCGCUGUUUACAAUCACCUGAGGCUGAGCUGCCUGAAGAGAGAAAAGGACCACUGAAUUAGUGACUGAUCUAUUGUGAUGUUUGGGAACAAAGAGAGUUACAAUCCCAAAGAUCAGGUUUCUGCACAGAUAUGCACAGUAGGACUGCACCCUAAUGUUUUUGUUCAAAUCACUGUGGUUGAAGAGCAGACAUUUAAGUUCACAUAAAAUGUUUAGCGCACAGAAAAAUCCACUGAAAGUCAACCAAAUGAAUCAUUAUACCAGCACAACAUAUUAAUAGUAAUGGUAGGGACUUUGAUUAUUUUAGCAUAUUUUCUUGUUUUUAUGUGGUGCAAAGUACAAUUGCAGCUAAACAGCACCUUUUAUUCAAAAGACUGAAGAAUUCAUGCAAGAAUAUUGUGAGCAAUAAGACUAUGUUACAAUAUCAAAAGACCAUAUGGACUGUUAUUUUAAUCUUUACUGUAUAACUAUAAUGUAGAUAUGCUCUUUUAACCCUAGUAUGCACUUUUAUGUGUCACGAUGAUCUGAAGUAACAGUGGCUACAUGUUAUGGCUUCCAAACCACCUGCUUGAACAAAAUGUCUUCUGUUUUAAAUUAAUGUGCCUGUUGCGAUUAUAAACUAUUUUAUGUCUGUGGUUCUAGAUUCAUAUAUAUAUAUAUAAUUUUAUUUAUUUAUUUAUUUUUAAGAAUUACACAUUUAAAUUUCAUGACAAAAUUACAUCAAAUUUAAUUGAGUAAUCUUUAAUAUAAUACAUUUGGAAAAAAUAAUUUUUUUUUUUUUUUUUAAAUUACACAAUUCAAUUUGAUGACAUUUUGUUAUGAAAUUGAAAUAUGUAAAUCUUAAAAACUGGCUAAAGUAUAUAUAUAUAUAUAUAUAUAUAUAUAUGAGUGUAUGUGUCAUGUAUAACUAUGAUCUCUGAUCUCAAAGGCUGAUAUUUAUUAUAAAGAGAAUUUAUAAAACUGUAUCUAAACAUGGUGGGGUUUUCUGUUUUAAUGAUUGUGCUUUUUUAUGUUGAAAGAAUGGUAAAAUAUUUGCACAAGUCCUUAUUUAAUUAUUUGCUUGACUUGCAUUUUAAAGAGAAUUUUGCAUAAAAUUACAUAUAUUGUUUCUAAAUAUACCUGUAUAGAAA